AUGGACGCAACAGAAAAUUCUUCAGUAAAUAAUAGAAAGAAAUCCAGAAAAACGGAUUUGGAAAAAUUCAUAGAUUAUUUGGAAAAUGAGCCCGUUUCCAAACAAAUUUUAAUUGGAGCGUCAGUUGGUUAUAUUGGAGGAGCCCUAGCUUAUAAUAUAGGCAAAACGUCAGUGGUUAUUUUGGGGGGAACCAUUGCUAUAGUGUAUUUUGCUAGCAAAAAUGGGUAUGUUAUAGUAAGACAUCAGCAUGUCAACAAGAAAGUAUGCGAUUUUUCGAAAAAAAUACAGAGAAACGUGCCGAUUUGGAUUGAUAAAAUAUACGAAUUAUUUCAAACGAAUUUAAAUGUUUCGUGUGGAUUCUAUGCGGGAUUUAUUUUGGCUUUAAUGGUUUCAUGA